AUGAAAGCUGAGCACGCCAGCUACGCAUGCAAAGGUACCCUCAACGGCUCCUCCAGAUUUCUUGGCGAACGCGCGCUACCGAGAAGCAUUUAUGUGGCACGUGGUGGCUCCAUGGAUUUGAGUCUGGACACGGGCUAUGUACGCGGCAGAUAUUUAUCCUUGAAGCACGUUGAGGCGGCUGAGCACGAGUGGGAAGGCGGACUAAUUCCGCGUUUGGAAAAGAUGGUCACGGACCCAUAUGUCGGAUGGAUGGACGAGUGGAGGAACCGGAAAGCUGAUUGCUGGGGGACGUUGAUUGCCUUCAAAUUCCGAUCUACGGGGUGUAUGAAACAAUUUCGAUAUCAAAAUGCGGAAGGCAAAUACGUCAGGACAGGAAUGAGUAUUGAUAUUCCUCUCGGAAACCGAGCUUCCCAUUCACUUCUCGCUAAGCCUUUCCUUAACCGCACCCUCUUGCUAAAACCCAUUAGAGGUAUCAUGAGUAACGAAGGGGGCAAGGGGAGAACAAUGAAAAACCACUAUAGGGUACAUGAAGCGAAUGACAACUGA